AUGGAAGGUUUACAAAGACUACCCCUCCUGCUUCUCAUUGACGUUUAUAACUACGAUCUCUUAAAGACGUGGUAUUAUCAGUACUUCGUUGAAGGAAACUAUUCCGUUUUCAGCUCCGACAUGCAUCGUGCCACUGACUUCAAUCAUGACAGCUGCGCAGAUGCAGGACGAGCACUGGACUUAUGCGACACUCGGGGCGACCAUGCACGACAGCAAGGUCACAUUGGAGUGGUUAGCUAUGAGAGCAAAAGUCGUCUGCAGCUGCACCAGUUGGUGACGUACAUUUAUGGAUGGUCCCUUGGCGACCCUUUGCAAAGGAUUGUACGCGAGGCGGGCAUAUCAGCAGUCAGUGCUCACACUGGCGUCGAUUGGGGUCAGUUUUGCAGGGAUAUCUGCGAAGAAUGGGUGAGGCUGAACCCGCCACAACUUGGUGGCACUGACCCUGAUGGUAAUCCCAUUAUCGUCGAAAUAGACGAAUCGAAGUACUUCCACAGGAAGUACCAAAGGGGCACGUGGCGAGAAGGUUUCAUGCGGCGCAGUAAUAUCAGUGGCGAUCCAUUCACAUCUUUCCUCGUAGCUGUACGUGGAUCGUACCCUGUAUGA